UCUUUUUACUACUCUUUACCAAUUAAGUAUGAACUGAAAACUGCAGUAUGGCAACAAUUGGUGUGUGGCUACUAGAUAAGUAUGCAAGGCUGGUUCCUGAUGGCAAGGAUAUCCUACCUCUACCAGGAGCUGGAGGAAAAAAAGGAGGAUCUUGGACGCAUUACAUGUCGUCUAAAGAUGCUGUCAUACAACUAGCACUGCUCAACUCCAAUCAUUUGAUGAUAUCCCGUGGAACCCAUGUCUAUGAGAGUUUCUCAUUGUGGGAUGCACAAAAGUGGAUCAAAGGUGUGAGCAAGGGAGACAGUAUCCUCUUUAUUUAUCAGCUCCAGGAAGAUUCAAGGCGAUUCAGAAUCAAGUUUUCUGCUGAACCUCCUACCAAAACACCACUUCAAAAUUGCAAUGAUUGCAUUUCAAAACUGUCUCCCCUGAUCCCAAUUAGGGAUAUAAGUGCAAGUUCUACAAUGGUGUCCUAUUCACAAGCUACCCAGCCACCUACAGAGGAAAGCCAGAUGUUUUCUCAAGUCCAAGAACCAAACUUAACUCUCCCAGCUGGCUCCUCUAUCAUAAUGCAAACUAGCGAAGGAUUGCAAUCUGACUCUGGAGAAAAUCUCAAUGGCUCCUAUCUUGAUUUGAUGUCUGUUUCUGAGCUCGCCAAAGAGGUCAGCACUGAUGGUAAAAGUCUUGGGAAGGCUUAUGCAAAUACAAAUUUUCCUGUGAGCCAACUGAGUGACUUUAUCAGGCUCUGUUUGACUGAUUCAAACUUUCCUGCAUUUGUUGGAGCAGCAGAAAAAGAAUUGCGAAAUAUUACAAACUAGCCAGAACAAACAAACAUUAGUUGGUGCUCACUAUGUGUUACAUAUUAUUACUGGUUUAGUGAAUGUGUUACUAAUUUUUAUUCAAUACGAGUUCUUGACUUCAA